CAAUCCACAUUCCCCACCCACCUUUUAUUCUUUAGCUGACCCUUUCUCUCUCUCUCUCUGUCUGUUUUUCUUUUCUUCCUCUUUACUUCUGCUGCACCAUUCAUAUCAUUUUCCUACCCAACCUUUUUCCAUCUCAUUUCUUAGCUGCCCAGUUCAGGGAAAAAGGUCCAUCCUUGGAACCUUCUCUGGGCUAGGUGAAUUUGAAAGAAAUCUCUUCACAUCAAGAAUGGGUUCAGGUCAUUGGUUUAAGUCAAUAAUUAGAUUAAGAAAAUCAAAAGGAGGAAGAUCAAAGAAAGCAAAGGGUGCCUUAGCUCCAGAGAAGGCAAGUGCAUUGAAGCUGAGUGAUUAUACAGGAAAAGAGUCUGGUGAUUUGGAAAAUGGUAUUAAAAAUGAAAAUCUUGUGUCGGUUGAAACUAUAGCUGCAAUAAGGAUCCAGACGGCAUUCCGGGCUUAUAAGGCUAGAAAAGCUCUACGUCGCUUGAAAAGAUUCACAAAACUGAAGGUCCAAAUACAAGGUUACUCUGUUAAAAAGCAAGCAGGUACAACUAUAACAUAUCUUCAUUCAUGGAGCAAGAUACAGGCUGAGAUUAGAGCUCGCCGAAUCUGCAUGGUGACAGAAGACAAGGUCAGGCAGAGGAAACUAGAGUCUCAACUAAAACUUGAGGCAAAGCUCCAUGAUCUGGAGGUUGAAUGGUCUGGUGGUUCUGAAACCAUGGAGGAAACCCUUGGAAGGAUACAUCAGAGAGAAGAAGCAGCAGUUAAGCGGGAAAGAACGUUGGCAUAUGCCUUUUCUCAUCAGUGGAGGGCCAACUCUAGUCAGAGCCAAAUGCUAGGCAAUUGUGAACUUGGCAAAGCUAACUGGGGUUGGAGCUGGAAGGAUCGCUGGAUCGCUGCUCGGCCAUGGGAAAGCCGCAUUCAUAACAUUAACCUGAAGAAAUCUCCAAGCCCAAACAAACAGUCAAGCAAGGUUCAGAAGGAUAAGAGUAUAUCAACACCUAAAACCCCAGUUUCAGCUACACCUAAUUCAUCCAAUGCAAAAGGGACUCCUCCUUUGGAGAAUGGAAAAGGGACUACAAAAGCUAGGAGAUUGUCUUAUCCAACCACAGAAAAAUCUGUGGUUCAAGUAGUGGAGGCAGUUCACAGCAAUGGUUCCUAAGAUAAAGCACAUUUUUAAGUAUCAAAGCCUUUUGGGUGACUUGAAUUGAGCAGAGUCAAAUUGUUUUGCAACAUGCCAUAAAGUAAAGAUGAGAUGACACUAUUUAUUCAUUUGAUUGCUUCUUAUUUGUGCAUAUGAAUGUAAUAGAAAUUCAAACCACUGUAGAGAAUGGGUCAGUUGACCUGCAUGAGGGUGUGAUUUGCUGAUUGCUUCUGUUUAUCAUCUUUAUCAGUCAUGUAUGUAUAUAGAAAAGCAUCUUAUAUUUUUCCUUCUCAAUUGUAAUAGUAAUAUUCAAAGAUAUGAUCAUAUUGUUGAUUUUGUUAUGGUUUAUUAUUACCAUAUUGAGAUUGCUUGUGCAGCUUGCUAAUGCUUA